AUGGCUGUUCGGACUUCCACUAAACCGAAUCUAUAUGAUGAUGAGGACGAGAAACCUUUAGUUUUUAAACGGUCCAACACAAAAUCUAAACAAAAUCAGUUAGAUGGCCAGUUAAAACAGUUACCAGAACAGAAUAAGUCUACCACAAUUAAGGAGGAAAGUAAUUCUAUUGAACAUCCUGCUGAAGAAAAUAGUGAUUCUGAAGAUGCAAAACCAAUAAAAGCCCGACUGGGGAAACCUUGUGAAGAUUCGGAUGAUGAUAAACCUUUAUCAUCAAGGAUUACACCAAAGAAGGUGGGAACUUCAGGCAGUCAGCCUUAUGAUUCUAAAGAAAGGAAGCUUGUGGCUUCAAAAGUUCAGAAGAAUUGUUCCAGCACAACAGAUAAGGGCAAAACUUCUUUUGUGAUCUCUACUAAGAGGCCUCUAGAUAAGGCCAAUAUUUCUGAGAAGUCCUCAGCUAAAAGGCCAAAAGUUUCAGAUUCUUCUACAUCUAUAAAGAAUAUGCAGGUAUCAGCCAAAAAAGAACCAAAGGAAGAAGAUGAUGACGACUUCAUUCCAAUUUCCCAGAGGAUUAAGAAAGCUACAUCAGAUAAUAAAUCACCUGUGACAAAGCAAAAGGUAACAAAAGUUGGCCCAUCCUCAAUCAAGAAAAAGAUCAAGAAGGGCCAAAAAGCUUCGCAAUUUUCAAAGUAUUCUAAGUCUACAACAGUUCCACCAAGCUCUAAUGAUGGGCAGAAAAAAUGGACUAGUUUAGUUCACAAUGGUGUCAUUUUCCCACCUCCAUACAAGCCUCAUGGGGUUAAGAUGCUUUAUAGUGGGAAGCCAGUCACCUUGAGUCCUGAACAAGAGGAGGUUGCAACAAUGUAUGCAGUGAUGAAAGAUACAGAUUAUGUGCAGAAACAAACAUUCAGAAACAAUUUCUGGAAUGAUUGGCAUAAGUUGCUUGGGAAGAACCACAUAAUUCAGAAAUUGGAUGCUUGUGAUUUUACCCCAAUAUAUGACUGGUAUCAGAAUGAAAAGGAAAAAAAGAAACAGAUGAGUACGGAAGAGAAGAAGGCCUUGAAGGAAGAUAAACUCAAAGAAGAGGAGAAGUAUAUGUGGGCCGUCGUCGAUGGUGUAAAAGAGAAGGUUGGAAACUUCAGAGUUGAACCACCUGGAUUAUUCCGAGGUCGUGGAGAGCAUCCAAAGUCGGGGAAGCUGAAAAGGCGGAUUCGUCCAAGUGAUGUUACAAUUAAUAUAGGAAAAGAUGCCCCAAUUCCAGAAUGUCCCAUCCCUGGUGAAAGCUGGAAAGAAGUAAGGCAUGACAAUACGGUUACAUGGUUAGCUUUCUGGAACGAUCCAAUUAAUCAAAGGGAGUUCAAAUAUGUGUUUCUGGCACCUAGUAGUUCCUUGAAGGGGCAAAGCGACAAGGAAAAAUAUGAGAAAGCAAGGAUGCUGAAGGACUACAUAGGAAACAUCAGGGCUGCAUACACUAGGGAUUUUACUAGUAAAGAUGGUACUAAGCGGCAGAUAGCAGUUGCUACAUAUCUCAUUGAUAAACUUGCUCUCAGGGCUGGAAAUGAGAAGGACGAUGAUGAAGCUGAUACUGUUGGUUGCUGCACUUUAAAAGUAGAGAAUGUAAAAGCAGUUGCCCCUAACUCGUUGGAGUUUAACUUCCUUGGUAAAGAUUCAAUCAGAUAUGAAAAUACUGUUGAGGUUGAGAUUCCUGUUUACAAGGCAAUUAUACAGUUCCAGAUUGGGAAACGUGGCUGUGAUGAUCUCUUUGACAGGUUGGAUACCAGUAAAUUGAAUGCUCAUCUAAAGGAACUGAUGCCUGGCCUUACAGCGAAAGUGUUCCGUACCUACAAUGCUUCUAUUACAUUGGAUAACAUAUUGAACAAGGAAACGAAAGAGGGAGAUCUUUCAGAGAAAGUUGUUGUUUAUCAGCAUGCAAACAAAGAGGUUGCCAUAAUUUGUAAUCAUCAGCGUACUAUCUCAAAGACUCAUAGUGCACAAAUGUCUAGGUUACUUGAGAAGAUUGAGCAUCCUGAAAGAGCUGAAACAGAUUUGGACAGGGCUAAAAAAGGAAGGCCCCCACUGAAAGAUGCUGAUGGGAAACAAAAAAGAAAUUUGACCCCAGAAGCAUUAGAGAGGAAGAUAGCUCAAACGACUGUAAAGAUUGAAAAAAUGGAACUGGAUAUGAGAACCAAAGAGGAUCUGAAAACGGUGGCAUUGGGAACGUCCAAAAUUAACUAUCUUGACCCUAGGAUCACUGUUGCAUGGUGCAAGCGACAUGAAGUUCCAAUUGAGAAGAUAUUCAACAAGUCUCUCCUGGCAAAGUUUGCUUGGGCAAUGGAUGUGGAUCCUGACUUCAGAUUCUGA